AUGGGGUAUUUCGGCCUCAAAGGAGCAUGGCUCACCUUCUGGGUGACCAUCGCCUGCGCGACGGACAUGACGCUGUUCGGCUACGACCAAGGUGUCUUUGGCGGCGUCAUCGUGACCGAUGACUUUCUCGAAACCAUGGGCAUCGUCGGCAACGACAAGCUCCAGAGCACAGUGACCGCAAUCUAUGACAUUGGCUGCUUUCUCGGCGCGAUAUCGACCAUCUGGAUCGGCGAGCGGCUCGGCCGGAAAAACACUAUUCUGGUCGGCACGACCAUCAUGUCCAUCGGCGCCAUCCUGCAGACGGCCGCCUUUGGGCUUCCGCAGAUGUUUGUUGGUCGCGUGAUUGCGGGCAUCGGAAACGGCAUCAACACUUCGACCGCGCCCGUGUGGCAGGGCGAGACCAGCAAGGCGAGUUGGCGAGGCAAGUUGAUCGUCAUCGAGAUGAUUAUGAACAUCUUUGGGUUUUCACUGAGUAACUGGGUGACCUUUGGCUUCUCGUACCUCACGGGCUCAGUAUCGUGGCGGUUCCCUCUGGGAUUCCAGUUCUUCUUCAUUUUCAUCCUCUACGCUACCGUUCCCUGGCUUCCCGAGUCUCCACGCUGGCUCAUCGCCAAAGGUCGCGUCCCCGAGGCGGAACAGAUCCUCGCGGAUCUCGAAGACCGCCCUGUCGACGACGCCUACAUCCAAACGCAGUCCAAGGACAUCCAGUGGGCCGUUGACUACGAGCGCGAGCACACCGUCCCCUGGUCGGACCUCUUCAGGGGCAAGACUGGCGAGACAGCCGGGACAUGUACUCUCCGCCGUAUAUUCCUGGGUAUCGGUACGCAAGCGAUGCAGCAGCUCGGCGGCAUUAACGUCACUUCGUACUACCUUCCUACCGUUCUGAUCGUCUCUGUGGGCUUGGAUAACAAGACGGCGAGGUUGCUGGCCGCCUGCAACUCCGUCAGCUACUUCUUGUUCAGCUUGAUCGGCAUCCCGAACGUGGAGAGAUGGGGCCGCAGGAAAAUGAUGAUGUACGCGGCGUUUGGACAAUUCGUAUGCUACGCAGUCAUCACGAUCUGCAUCCGGUACAACGAGUACCCAGGCCUGGCCCCGGAGACGCAGUCUCAGUGGGCGAAGGCGUCCAUUGCCUUCUUCUUCCUUUACUACGUCUUCUUCGGUAUCGGCUGGCAGGGUGUUCCCUGGCUCUACCCAACCGAAAUCAACAGCUUGUCCAUGCGAACCAAGGGCGCCGCCCUCGGAACCGCGACGAACUGGAUCGUCAAUUUCAUGGUCGUCGAAAUCACUCCUCCCGGAAUCAACUCCCUCGGUUGGAAGUUUUACAUCAUCUGGACCGUUCUUAACUUCUCCUUCGUCCCCAUCGUCUACCUCUUCUAUCCGGAGACCGCGGAUCGCUCCCUCGAAGACAUCGACCGCUUCUUCGCCGAGAACCACGACAUCUUCGUCUUCAGAGACCCUGAUGCGACGUCGUCCACGAGGCCGGCCAAGUACAUCGCUCAGGAGCAGCAGCAGAUUGCGAAGCGGAACAGCGGGGUCGUCCCGGGAGAGACUGAAGACAUGUUGAGGAGGCGCGGUGUGUCGGAGAAGAUUAAGAAGGGAGAGUCGGAUGAGGAGAUGGCGUUUGGAGAGCACAAGGAGAGGACGUGA